CUCCACUCACAGAAAGCUUACCUAUAUGCCUCUAUACGGUGACGGGGUGUACCAGGGUGGUCUUCCUGCUGGAGAUCCUCAGGUGAUGGCGUCGUACGGACGGGGAGGGUAUGGAAGUGGUCGUACUGGGUAUGGGCAUGGGUAUGGACAUGGCGCUGCAGGGGCUGCGUAUGUUGGGUAUCCGGGAGAGGCUGAGGUCGGCCCGCCGCCAGGCUUUGGUAUGCCGGCGCGAUAUGCAGGGAGAGCUGGCGGUGGAGGGUGGGGCUACGGGCAGGGGCUGAUGGGCGGCGGUGGGUACGGUGGAGGAGUGGAUAUGGGGAUGAGCAUGGGCGAGGUCGGGGCGGGGCGAUUCUUUGACGAUGGCCUCGCUGGUCUCCAGUCGACGAUGGCCAGCGCGGCGGCCGGGCCCGGGUGGGUCGAGCAAUCGCACGCAUCAAAGGUCGAGCGUGUCCGUGAGCUGCGGCGCAGGGUCGACGCACUGCCGGUCUCGUACCGCAAGGGCCCGAUCACCAAGCGGACCCGCAAGAUUCCCGAGUUCACCUUUGCUUACUCUGACCUCUCCGAGUCGGACUCGAGCGUCCUCGAAUUUGCCGACACGGAUGGGAGCGGGUCCUCCACCAGGUCGGCCGUCAUCGCCGAAAAGUCCAAGAAGAAGAAGGCCAAGUCGGCCAAGAAGAACAAGUCGGCCAAGAAGGACAAGUCGGCCAAGAAGGACAAGUCGGCCAAAAAGGACAAGUCGAAGAAGGGCAAGAAGACAUCAUCGACCAAGAAGAAGUCGAAGAAGUCGUCAUCGACCAAGAAGAAGUCCAAGUCCAAGUAA